AUCGCAGCUUAGUGAAGUGCAGCUUAGUGUGACGAAGAUUGUGAAAACUAAUUGUUCCCGCGAUGCAAUCGAGUUUCGUUUGGCUAGUUGCCCUCAUGGCAUUCGGCGCAUGUCUGGCCCUGCCCGCUGGGGAGGAUGCCAAGGCGGAGACCCUCAAACUGGAGAGCGAGAACACUGGCGACAAAUAUUCCUUUGCGUAUGAAACGAGCAAUGGAAUCUCACGCUCGGAGACUGGAGAGGUGAAACCAGGUGCUGGUGAAGAGGAUGGCUCACUUUCUGUCCAGGGCUCCACCAGCUGGUCAGCGCCAGAUGGCAAGAAGUACGAGAUUAGCUUCACGGCCGAUGAGACCGGCUACCAUCCCAAGUUCAGGCUGGUGGCCUAGCCGAUGUCUGGAAUUUAAAUUUGGCUUAGUAUUCCCAAUUAUCAAUGUUAGCUUAAUUUAUCCAAUGUGAAAACUUACAAAAUUGAGGAAUAAAAUAGGCACACUUUUAACAUAUUAA